AAAUAACUGAAAAGAUAACAUUCAGACGAGAUAUUAACUGUGUAAAACAUCAUCAUAAUUCGUUUCUCAUAAAAUUUGACUUUUUUUUUUUUUAUUAAAUUUUUUUUCCUUGUUGUAUUCGUAUUAUGGAAAAAUUUGAUUAUCUAUGAAAGACAUCAUUAUGAUUGAACCCUGCAGGAUAUACUGUAAAGCUAAAGAUUUAUCGAAACCAAUGAAACCUGUGGGCCAAACGUCAUUUAUGAUCGACGAUAUACUGAAACCGGAUGAAGUAACUACGAAAAAGAGCAUAUCUGUGGAUCUUUAUUCACCGGUUAAAUCUUUACAUAGGCCAAUGCCUAUUCUCUUAUCGCCACUUUGUUCCAGUUUUGCCAAAUUUAACUUUACUUCUUCGGAGACAUCUUUCCCAUAUUCUCCUGUAAGAUCGCCUUAUUCUUUAGAUUCAAAUCAUUUGUGUAUGAUGAGUCCAAACAAUACUCCAACUGGGACAUCCGCAUUUGUGUUUCCCACAAAGUCCCCACGUGAUUGCGAGCUCUCCGUUCAAGUUAGUGAAGAAAAGCUAAGGCCCGAACCACCUCGUCCGGUUUUGUGGAGUCAUAUACUUCAUAGGAACCAACAAAAAAGGAAAGGAGGACAAAUUAGAUUUUCUACAGAACAAACGUGCAAAUUAGAAAAUAUGUUUAAAGCUCAGAGAUAUCUUUCACCACCCGAAAGGAAAAAAAUGGCUAAUAUUUUAAGAUUAACAGAAAGACAAGUGAAGACUUGGUUCCAAAAUAGAAGAGCAAAAUGGAGGCGUUUAAAACAGGAAAAUCAACCUUUUUAUCCGGAGGAUCAGGUGAACCCUGCACAGUCAACAAACAACGGAACAGAUCGUAUACGUCAGGAAGUGACUUCAUCUUCAACCAAUCCUUGAUUGGAUUAUUACAUCCGUCCAUCAGAAAAUUUUACAUAAGAACUGUGAUUUUCUUUUAUUAGAAAGAGAAAUUCAAUUUUUUUUACGUGUGAUAUUCUAAUCUAUAAAAUAAAAAUGUUGUGAAUAUACAUAUAUAUAU